GGACGCGCAGUUCCUCUGCAGAAAAUGGCUCUUUGGGUCGAAUCGCAACCUACAGGUUUUCUGUUUGGGAUUUCAAGAUGUUCCACAAAUUGAAUAUUUCACAGAAAAUAAAAUUCAAGUUGUUGAUUUUCCACGUUUAAGGUACAUUGAAGGCACCACAGAUUCUUGUUUACAUCAGCAGACCGGAAACGGUCCGAAGCGUCAUGGCGAGCGCGUGUCGCAGCUUAGUGGCUUGAAGAGGAAAGUAUUUGGGUCUUUAAGUCUUAGCUGGACCCCGCAUUGAGUUCUGGUAAGUGAGUCAUUUGACCUUUAACCUUUGUGGUGUCCUCUAGUGGACUCGUGUCUGUCAUGAAGCUCCUGGCCAGAUGUCCCUGCAGGCGGCGGUCAGGAGGAGCUUCACGGCUCUGCAGGACCAGCGGGCCGCGUGGAGGAGCGAGCUGGAGGAGUGCCUCCCCCUCAUGGAGGCUCUGGGGAACCUGGGGGAGCAGAUGGAGGCUUUGUCCCGGGUCCGGCUCCCCGACACGCCGCUCCGGGCCUUCCCGGACCUCCAGGAGCGGCUGCAGCUGCAGCUGCUGCAGGCUGUGGACCUGCUGCUGCAGAGACUCGGGGACAGGAUGUCUCGCCUCCAGUCCAUCAAGGACUCCGUCGGCGGCCAUGUUUCUGCCGCCCUACAGCUCUAUCAGGACGCCGCAGACACUUUGGAUGUUGCGGCGGCGACGCAGCGCUCCUCCGCCGCUCCGUCGCUCGCUGACAUGCUGGAAUGGCUUCAGGACGCCGAGCGUUUCUACAGACGGCAGUUCCUGCAGAGGAAGAGUCUGCUGCUGACGCUGAGGCGGGACGACCGCGCGCGGCUGGAGGGCGCGGCCACGGCCUGGAGGAGUCUGGACUCUCCUGAUGCAGAGCAGCAAGUCACAGAUCAUCUGUGCAGAGUGGCUUUCUUCCUGGAGUCCCAGUGAUCCGACCCCGGAGCCGCUACCGGAUCGGAACCGUCUGAACCGAUCGGACCCAGAAAGAGACACGGUUCGGGUUUAAGCUGGUUUUAUUGGACCACAGCAAACGCUGCACAUCAGGGCAAAGAGCCGAACACGAAGCAGAGACACGGAUCAGAACCAGGAAACUGCAAAAACACAAAAUAUCACCAAGAAACAGACGCAUCAAAAAUUAGAAUCAUUUUCACUCUGAUGGUUUUGUUUACAGAGAUUUUAUAAUUCAUUUGUUUAUUUAUUGUUUUUGGUUGUUUUGUUUUUAUUUUGAAUAUUUAACAUAAGUCCUACUUCAAGUCUUUAAUAUUCUUUUAAUAAAAUUAAAGUUUGUUAAUGUUAA